ACAGCACGAACAUGUAAUAUAAUUAGAGGAGAUGAAAACAUUGUGCCAGCACCACCACGCCUCUCAUUACCAGGACUGGAUGUUCCCGGCCAGACAACCUGCUAGUCUGAAAGUACUUCUGUAGGCCGCAUGCAUGUGCCAUCUCAUUAUGUGUGAAUACGCGAGGGUACAGAGUGAAUGGCUGGAUUAGAGCCAGAGCAGAACAUAACAAUGCACAUGUGCACUUGUGGGAUUUGUUAACUGGAGUGCAUGUUGACAGACCAACCGUGUCAUGAAAGUAGAAAACAAGCAAGCUCAAGGAGGAGAUGCAUAUUGAGAAGCGUCAAAAAAAUACAAUCUGAAAACUACAAAAUGCAUCAGCUGUUAUCAUCAGGAGUGGUUUCAUCGUGCCUUAAAACUUUGCAGCCCAGAGGGACAAUAACAACAAAAGAUCCAUGAGAGUAUACCUCAUGCAUUUGGUAAAACAAGUCACCCCAUUUUGUUAUUAUGCCCAAUUAUCCGAUAUUCCCCAUGAAUGUUCAUCACUUCCACUUUCUCAACCAACUUGAAGUCCAAUCAGAACUGAUUGGCGGCCUCAUACAGUAUGUGCACAGUUGGGACUUCCAAUUCCAACACACGUGGUUUCCCUGGUAACAUAGCAACAAUCGACACCAAGGGACACAUUUACAUCCGAGUCACCCUGCAGAGUUUUGUACCGACCAAUUGAAUUAUCUUGAUGGGCCUCAACAUUAUACGGUAUAAACCAUCAUAACUAGAGAAAAAAAAAGUUAAUUCUCAAAAGGCCGUUAUCUUUUUGUGAAUUUUCAGGUAAACAUUCAAUAUAUAUUGUUUAGAUAACAAAACAUAAACAUACAAGUUCUGAACUACAGUAUACGCACCCUUUUUCAAAACAUUGGUAUAUAUGUCCCAGAUAUAGACUAGAUUACAACACAAUAUAAUAGAUCACAAAUGCAGGCGGGGUCUGUUUACUUCCCAUUCACUGUCAUCAUGAAUGUGAGUGCGAAAGACUGUCUGUCUCUGUAUGUUUCUGUUGACUGACUGGUGACGAGUCGAGAGUGUGGAUCGUCUUACACUCAAAGUCAGCUGAGCACCUUACACUGCUUAACAGUAAAAGCAGAAUAGAAAAUGGAUGGAUGCAAAGACAAAUUAGUUUCAACUCAAAAUUUGGCUACUGUGUGUUUUUUUUUAAUUAAUUGCAUUAAACUUUGCAUACUUUUCUAAAGCCUAUUUCUUGUGCUUUUUUUUUUUUUACCCCUUGAAAAACACAAACAUCUGUUAAACUAUUUCUAUUACUGGUGAACUGGAAAAAGUGGAUUCUCUCUUGUGCGUGUAAUAUACAAUUCGAAAAAUUAUACACUACAGUUGUUUUUUUUUCCUCCACAAGAUUGAAUGAAUAAAGAUUUUAGCUCUCUUUUUUGCUCAAGAUACUAAAAAAGAGUUAUUAGUACAAAGUGCGCUCUAAAGAAUUGAAAUCUGUCAUUAGAUGCCUAAUGGAAAGAUAUUCCAUCUACCGUAUCUAUCUGAAUGUCUUAUAUCACAUGACAAGCCCUCUUACGAUUGGUCGGAAGACGUAGGAGGCAGGCAUGUGUGUGAACAUAAAUACAGCAUUCAGAUAGUCCAGCUUCAUACAUGCCAGUGUCAGAAGUCAUCAUCUGCCAGUCUUUAACACACUGAGAUUAAAACGUUCUCGGCUCCGGGCAAAAGACAUCAGAGAGCUUCUGUUCAAAAGAGUUUUAGUAACUCAGACAACAUGUCUCUUGAAGAAAAGGAGCAGACAAAUGUGCGUCUGGUUUUUCUGGGAGCGGCAGGUGUGGGGAAGACAGCCCUCAUCCAACGCUUCUUAAAGGACACCUUCGAGCCCAAGCACCGGCGCACAGUAGAGGAGCUCCACAGAAAGGAGUACGAGGUCGGGGGUGUCAAAGUAAACAUCAACAUCAUGGACACCAGUGGCAGCUACUCUUUCCCGGCCAUGAGAAGGCUCUCCAUCCAGAACAGCGAUGCCUUUGCACUGGUCUACGCGGUGAACGACCCGGCAUCCUUGGAGGUGGUGAAGCGUCUGCGGGAUGAGAUUCUGGAGGUCAAGGAGGACAAGUACACACCGAUCGUGGUGAUAGGUAACAAGAUUGAUCGUCACCACGAGCGUCGCGUGUCAUGUGAAGAUGUUGUCUCAACAGUGGAGCUGGACUGGAACAACAGCUUUGUGGAGGCAUCUGCCAAAGACAACAUCAACGUGCUACAAGCGUUCCGGGAGCUUUUACAGCAAGCCAACCUGCCCAGCUGGCUAAGCCCGGCGCUUUGCCACAGGUGGGAAAGCUUUCCCAAGGAGAAGAACAAGAUUGCUCCAAUGAACAAGGCCAAUAGCUGUUUUCUUUCCUAAUGCAGUGACAGUGAAUGGCGAUACAGAUGCGAAAAGUGCACUGAAAAAGGGGAC